AUGGCGAGCCCGCAAGAUCCCAAUGGCCAGAUCCUGCUGGCAGUGGACCGCUGCCUGCAGCAAAGGUUGACGAGGAACACAAAGGUCAUGUUCUUUUUCCACCGCUACGCCAGCGGAAGGGACACGAUGGGGAGAAGGUCCUUGAGCUUGGGUGAGGCCAUCAACUUCACGGCGGACCUGGCUCGGCAUUUCGACCUUCCAGACUUCCUUUUCAGUACCCUUCCAGAGACGUUCUCCAGCUUUGACUUCACUGGCAGCGGUCGGUUGAGCUUGGAGGAGGUGAGGGUCAUGGUGAAGAAGACGUUGUUGGAAUGGCGCUGGUCUCUCGCCGGGCCUGCGAAGUUCGAUGAGUUCCCAGCGAGGACACUGGAGGAUGGUGGCUACACGGUGGUGCGUGAACUUGGCCGUGGUGGUCAAGGCAUCAUGUAUCUGGCCAAGAAGGAGGACAACUACUCCUGGCUCGACUACUGCUCUGCAUGUGGUCACAACAGCGGCCCGUCCUACUGCAUCAAGUUCUAUAGCAAGAAGAAUUCAAACGCCGGAGGUUUGCAAGAAAUUCUUGAAGAGUUUCACAGAAUGAGAGAAUUUGAUAACGUGCACGUGGCAAGGACCUACGAAGCCUUCCACGACCAAGAUUUCUUCUACCUGGUCAAUGAACCGUACUUCGGUGGCGAUCUCACAAAGCUUGCCAAGCGAGCUUACGACAAGGGUAUCGAGAUGCGAGAAAGCUGGUGGCGCGAGAUUUUCAGACAGUGCUUGCAAGGUCUGGAGUACCUUCACCGAGAGGCUCAAAUGCACUGUGACAUCAAAGAGCCGAACAUAAUGCUUCGUCACGACGACUUCAAAAAUCCUGAAGUUGUCCUUAUAGAUUUCGGACUUGCGCAGAGCAUCUGCAGCAAAGUUACUGGCAUCAGUGGCACGCCAGGUUACAUCCCUCCCGAAACCUGGAAGAGGUAUCGCUGGCAACCGCAGGGUGACAUCUUCUCGCUGGGCGUAGUCUUUUUUCAGCUGCUCGCAGCUCGUGUGCCUCGUCCUGGGCCCGACGCCGUGGCUGGCAUUUUCCAGGUGCAGGCCAAGAAUGUGCAGGAGGUCGGACAACAGACCAUCACGAACCAGCCCCCCUGGCAGCUGUUUCCAACACGGAUGCAUCUCCUCACCGAGCUGGUAUCGUCGAUGCUGAGAAAGAAGCCAGAGGAAAGGCCACGGGCUAUGCAAGCACUGCAACAUAAAUGGUUCUUUUCCUCUUCCGACGACGAGAUUCCCAAGGACGUGCUGGGUGCGCUGAUCAGUGGCUCUGCGAAAGCCUUCUUCUCCUCCGAGCUGCGAAAUGAGCUGCUGGAGUGUUGCAAUCUAGAUCAGCUGCGGCGAUUGAGCGCUUCUUUAAAUGAGGAGGCUGCCCGCCGAAUCUUCACCCGCCGAGUCCAUGUGACAGCAUUCAGGGCCCUCUUGACUGACAGUGGGGUCAGGCCAGAGAAAGUGGAGGACUUCAUCCGUGUGGAGCAGGCUACAGACAACUUCAUCGAGUACGAGGGCCUGCUGCGCGAUGCCAUUCAGGAGAAGGAAGAGUGCAGCCUGCAGGUCGUCACGUGCCUUUUCAACGACAUGGACUUGCACAGAACAGGUGCUCUUCCGCUGGUGGACAUCAAAGAGAUGCUCCAAAGUGAUGCGUUUGAGUUUGAUGGACAUGCUGCUGAGCUACUGAAAAGGUUUAGAACACAGGGCGGCGAAGUUACGUUGGCAGAGUUUCAGCGCGUGGUUCUGGAGGACGGGCGCAUCGCGCCAAAAGCCUCCGCGGACCGCGGCCGAAGACCUCGGCGCCGAGAGGAGUGGAACUGUUGGUGGCCUUCAGAGCUCCUGACAGCUCGGGAGGACGUUGAGGAGUCCUCCUCUGAGUCCGGCUGA